GUCCAUACGUACGCAACAACAACAUAUAGAAUGGUUUGCAAAUUUCCCAGCCAUUGCUAAUCAAAAAGUGUACUUACUGAAGACUUGGUCAUUUCCGUUCAUUCUUUCUAAUUUUUCCCACAUUCUUCCCAUCCAUACAAUGAUCCCGAUUUAUGAGCAAUGGUCUUUAAAAAAAGUAACCUUAAACAGUUGUUGAAGAAACCUCUACAAGAACUCCACAAUCUUUGGAGGUAAACUCGGAUGGUCUCAUUUUAUCAAACGCCUCAAAACUCCACUUUUUCUACCAUUUAUUCUCUCAACCCUCCAUAUAACACCCUCAUUCCUGUUUUUGGUGUCACUAUAAUCAGCAGCCUUGGGCCUUAUGCCAAGGUGGUGAACCAUGGUUAAUAAUCUUCCAAAAAUGAAGGCCUUGGGCUGCUUCCUCCUCGUCUCCCUCCUCUCCUUCUCCCAUUUCUCUUCUGUUUCUCUAGCAUUGACGGAUGCCGAGGCGGCUUACAUUGCCCGCCGGCAGCUCUUGACGCUCGCCGCGGAGAACGAUUUCUUGAAUUUCGAUGUUGAUGUCGAUGUUCUUGGCAGCAAAUAUGAAUUUGACCUUAACAUUACUUUUGAAAACCCCAGGCUGAAAAGGGCUUAUAUUGCUCUUCAGGCAUGGAAAACUACAAUCUAUUCUGACCCAAAAAACUUUACAGCCAAUUGGGUUGGUCAUGAUGUUUGUGCUUACAACGGCGUGUUCUGCGCGCCGUCGCUCGACGACCCCAAGACCACCGUCGUGGCUGGCAUCGAUCUCAACCACGGAGAUCUCGCCGGCCACCUCCCCGUGGAGAUUGGAUUGCUGACAGACAUUAGUCUCUUGCAUCUCAACUCCAACCGUUUCUGCGGGAUCAUCCCAAAGAGCAUCUCCAAGUUGAAGCUCCUGGACGAGGUGGAUGUCAGCAACAACCGUUUCGUCGGGCCAUUCCCACAUGUGGUUUUGGAUUUGCCAAAACUCAAUUUCUUGGACAUUAGGUUCAACGAAUUUGAAGGGGCGUUGCCACCAGCACUAUUCGACAAGCCCAUCGACGCCAUCUUCGUCAACCACAACAGGUUCAGCUCCCAUUUGCCCGAAAACUUUGGCAACUCUCCAGCUUCAGUGAUUGUGGUGGCAAAGAACAAAUUCAGUGGCUGCAUUCCAAAGAGCAUUGGAAACAUGACAAACACAUUGGACGAAGUCAUUCUCUCCGACAAUGAUUUCUCCGGUUGUUUGCCAGAAGAAAUCACCCUUCUAGGGAAUGCGACGGUGUUCGACAUCAGCAACAACAAAUUCGUUGGGACAUUGCCGGUUGGUAUAGAAUACUUGCAAAGCGUUGAAGCCUUCAACAUUUCCAAGAACAAAUUCACAGGAAAUGUUCCCGAGGAAUUGUGUACAUUGCCUAAUGUGACAUCAAUCUCAUUCUCUCAUAACUACUUUGAGAAUGAGGACAGCACUUGUGUAUCAUCAGGCGGUGUGAUCGUGGAAGACGGAGACAAUUGUUUGGAAUCAAAGAAAGAUCAGAAAACAAAGGAGGUUUGUUUCCCGGUGAUAAGCCGUCCGGUGGAUUGUUCUAAAGAUGGUUGCCGAGGAUCACCGAGCAAGUCCGCACCCAAACACGACGACCCACAGAAACCACCAACUACUUCUCAUCCUUCAAAACCAAUGCCAGCUCCAUCACCAAAACCAACUCCUUCCAAACCUGACUACCCAACUUCACCUUCUCCGGUCCCCAAACAAUCUCCUCCCAAAAAUUCAGCUCCGGUAACACCUUCACGUCCAUCUGCACCAAAAUCUAGCCCACCAAAUCCCCCUAAACAGAAACCAACUCCAUCUCCAACUCCUUCACCCAAACCCACACCAUUUGCCCCGGCUCCAAAGGCUCCGGCCCCGGCUCCCAAAGCUCCGGCACCGGUUCCAAAGGCUCCGGCACUGGUACCAAGUCCUCCUAAGAGCUCGCCUUCACCAAGUCCGAUACCAAAUCAUCCACCUAAAAGGGUUUCACCUGUAACUCCAAUUCCACCAUCACCAAAGGUUGUUGUACCGCCAACACCCAAGGUUCCAAAGGCAAGUUCACCGGUGCAGCCUCCACCGGCUCCGGUAGUUUCCUCUCCCCCACCUGUUGUUGUUAAAGUGCCGUCACCACCGCCUCCAGUCCAUUCACCACCGCCACCAACACUGGCCUCACCUCCUCCUCCACCGGUGUUCUCCCCACCACCACCAAGAGUGGCCUCACCUCCUCCGCCAGUCCAUUCCCCACCACCACCACCAGUUCCGGUCGCUUCACCACCUCCACCAGUCGUCUCCCCACCACCACCUGUCCAUUCUCCACCUCCACCAGUCUUCUCCCCACCACCACCAGUCCACUCCCCACCACCACCGCCGCCGCCCGUUCAUUCACCACCUCCACCAGUUUUCUCCCCACCACCACCAGUCCAUUCACCACCACCGCCAGUGGCCUCACCACCACCACCGGUUUUCUCCCCACCACCACCAUCGCCAGUGUUCUCACCACCCCCACCAGUCCGUUCACCACCGCCGCCACCACCAACACCGGUUCCUUCUCCUCCUCCUCCUGCUCCUGUGCUGUCACCACCACCACCAACAUUCGAAGAUGUCAUCCUUCCACCAAACUUGGGCGCUGAGUAUGCAUCACCACCACCACCAAUUUUCCAGGGCUACUAAAGAAGAGUUUUAAUCAAUCAACAACUUCGAAAUUGUACUAGUGAAAUACCAUGUUUUUAUCACAAACUAGCAGCGUAGAUUGACGCGCAAAAAAACAGAAGCAAAACACAAAACUCUCUGUAAAUUCAAAACUCAGCAGGAAGAAGAAUUCGUACAUUGUCUAAUCUCCGAAUCAUCUUCUCGCUUCAUUAAUUUAUGCUAAACUUAAAUGUAUGAUCUCUUCUCUUUCUUUUUUGUGAACACUGAACUACUAAGAGACUUCAUCGAGAAACGGGUUAGCUAGAUCAUUAGAAUUAUAAUAGAGCUCGUUACAUUGUAAACUCCUUUUUUUUAUUACUCGAUCAAUUUUAUUACUCACAAUUUGUUCCACAUUUUAUUACUGUAUACUCUAUCUCCGGUCCUUAUUAUAAUGCA